AUGGAACAAAAUAAUCCUUCAUAUCAUCCUUCACGGAAUGACCUUAAUUUCCAAAGAUCCAACUUGGCUGGAUUUAAAAUCAAUUUUAAUCCUCCAGAAGUCGUUCAAGUGGUAAAUAUUCCAUUAAAUAACAAUAAUUUUAUCCACCAACUGUCGUCCAAAACAUCCAUACCUUACGAUGAUAUGUUCAGCUCUAAUGUUCCAACGUCGUUUAGGCAGCAUUUCGGUCCUACUAAUGAGGAACAAACUCCACCAUUGAACACCAAUAAUAACUCUUCGUUUAACGCUAAUUCUCAAUCGAAAUCUCACAUUCCUGGUUUUAAAAUUCUCGUCAUACCUGAUUUUGAAAAUUUAAACAUGAAUAAUACCUCUUAUACUUACUUGAAAAAUAUCACAAAUAACCCUCAAACGCAAUUUCAACAACAAAACUUUCGUUGA